ACCAAUUUGUGUUCGAAUUCUGCUACAUAAUAGGACGAAUAUACGCGGGUAAGCCUUAGGACCGAUAUAUUAUCCUAGCCCUCGUGUCCUGCACUGUGCAUGUCUGUAACAGCCAUCGGGGAUGGAUCACCCAAAUCACACAAAAAGUCCAACGAAUCCAAGUCCGCGGACUCUCAUGCCGGGGAUAUAGGUAAAGUACGCGUAAAGUCGAAGAAAAGGAAGCACAGAGAGGCUAUAGCUAGCGAUGCGUUACCCAUGAACCCCCCUAAGGAUCAAGCAGCUUCUGCGACCCAAGAUUCUAGCGCGAGUAAUCCCUUAUCUCCCCCAAGUGCACCCUCCGCAGGAAAGAUUGCGUCCAAAAAUGCCCAGCUAGCAGAUUCAGCUACAGGUGACACGGAGCGGACACCCAAGAAAAAGAAGAAGAAGGACCACCUGGGAGAUGUGGUGCAUGGCCAGUCGAAAGAUGCCCACGGAAGUGACGAAAGUAUGAAGGAAAAGAAGAAAAAGAAGAAGAAAAAGCACUCGGAUGCAGGGGAACAGGAGGGAACCGCACUCGAGGGACAGGUCGUACAUUUGAACAAUCCGAAGGUCCAUGCAUCGGACGAGGCUGCCGUAGAGAAGUCGCAACAGAAGAAGAAGAGGAAGGUGGAGAAACAGUUGGAAGAAACCCCUUCUGCUAGCAAACCGCGCAAGAAAAAGAAAGGCCACCGUCCGCCAGAUCUACCCUUCCCAGAUCCUAGCGCGGAUGAGUCACUGUCUGAUCAAAGUCGGAAAGCGUUGUCGUAUGCAUAUGCACGAUUCCAGGAUCCACCGAACUGGAAGUUUAAUAAAGCCAGGCAGAUAUGGCUCAUUAAAAAAUUGUGGUCGGAAGAACUGAUACCCGAGAAGCAUUUUGCCCUAGUGACCAACUAUCUCGCAGAUGUGAAGGGGGGGAUUCGAGACAGCCUGGUACAGAUGUGCAAUUCUGUAGCAGCUUCGGUGACAACAGAUCCUGUCACUUCAGACUCAGCCACAGCACCAACCGAUCUUUCGAAUGGAGGAUCCGUUACUGCGACCAAAGUGACGAGAGCUCGUAGCUUACUGGAUGCCCUGUCUGAUGUACAGUAAGACCAGCUCAGUCUUACGUGGCGUGUUGCAGCCAUUUGAAGUGCCAGUGCAAGGAUCGCGGCUUCAUGCCACCCUGGGCAGUC